GCGAAGAAAAUCUUGUGCUGCUGCCAACAUCCCGACUUGCCAUAAUUCGAUUUGUACAUGACUCGUUUGCACCUGAGUCUCCCCUGACGGAACUCUCAGGUCCCAGCAGGUGAGAGGCCAUGGCGCUGAGGCAGGUAUGCAGAAGCAGACUGGGAUGGGGUUGGUCAGGGCGUCUCGCCCUACCUACUCCAAGUUCUUCCAUGAAUCGGAUUUCUUUGUUUUGUUCGAGUGUUGGUGCGGGACCUUCGGAGACGGUGACCCAUCAGAUGAUCGAUUAUGCAUUCAGCCAUGCUAGGUCCCAAAGGUCAGAUGGAUCGUAUUCGGAUGCUCUUCUGGUGCUUGAGCAGGGUCUCUCGAAUUUGCAAAGAACGGAUAAAUCAUGUGAAAAUUCUAUUGGGAAGAUCCUACUGGCAAUGUCGGCACUGCAUUCAGAAAGGGGGGAUCUUGCAACUGCGUUGGACAAAGCUCAGCUGGUGCAUGGAUUGCCAUUUGCUUCUCUUGCAUUAAGAGUGGCCGCCUUGGAAUCAGCAACUGAUCUGCACUUGCAAAUGGGGCAGGAUGCUGCCUCUUUGGGACUUGCAGAGAAGUGCUUGCAACUUCUAAGUGAGGGGUCUGGUGCAGACAGCGUUGAAAAUGAGGCUUUACAACUGCAAGCUAAAGCCCUUAAGGGCCUUGUUGACCUGGUGCUUGGAACACCUGAAUCAGCCAAGCCAUAUUUUGCUGGAUUUGAAACCUGUGGUUCAGAGAAAGAAAGCAGCUUCUGUGGAAGAGUUGCACUCUCAUAUGCCGAGUAUUUACAUGCUACGGGGAAUUUGUUUCUGGCAAAGGAGUACUAUCAAAAGGCUCUUCUUAUAUCUCCAACAAAAGGUCUAGCUGAAACAUCAGUUCUUGGGGCGUUAGGCAUGGAUGGGGUCCAUUUGAGUGCUAAUUGUGCCUUAGGACAAGUUGCAACUCAUACAGGAAAAUUCAAGGAAGCAGAGGAGGUGCUCACUGGAGCUCUCAAGGAAGUUGAGGAGCAUUUUGGUUCAAACCAUCCGAAGGUGGGCAUGGUUUUGACUUGCAUGGCAGACAUGUUUAGGCAAAAGGGGACACUUGAUGGCUCAAGUACUCUUUUGAUUCAAGAGGGGCUCUACAGAAGGGCCAUUGAUUUGAUGAAAGCUCCUUCUUUGGACGUUGAAGAUAUUCCAUCCUUGAGAAGAGAUAUAGUAGCCCUUGCUAGAGGUGGAUAUGCGGAGGCACUAUGUGUUCAGCAAAACCGUAAGAGUGAAGGUGAAAGAAUGAGGAGGUGGGCGGAGAGGGCUUGGACAAACAGGAGGAUGUCACUGGCUCAGGCACUUGACUCUGCUGAUGCUUCAAAUGUCUGCAUCCUAGACACUAGGAUUGAAAGGAUAAUCUGAUAACUGACAUCCUAGACACUGUAACAGCAUUGUAGGAUUUGGAUAAAGUUUUGACGGUUUGAGUCUCCCCCUUGUGGCAGAUCAGAAGUAGAAUCUUACGGGCCUGCAGAGCAUGUCUUUUAAAAUUUGGAAGUCUGUCCUCUUAUAUUUUGCUGCUCAUAACAUGUGCUUUUAUGUAACAAAUAAAGGUUGUAAAUUGUGCUUUCCUCUUCAUAUAUGUAAGCCAACUUCACACAUCCUUCACAAUCUCUGAGGUGCUCUUUGGACGUGAAAAUAGCUACCUUGUUUGCAUUGAUUGUGCUGGAGC